GUGGAUGCAAUAUAGUAAUAAAUUAGAAACUAUAAUGAAGUGUAUGCAGAAAAAUCUAUACAAGUUGGUUGGAUCCUUAGUAUCAAUGAUAGAAUUCCCUGUUUUCUACUAUGUAUCUUAAGCGCAUUUCUUGCAUCCUGCAAAUAUGGAGCGAAUCAGUCGUAAUCAAUGAUAGAAUUCCCUGUUUUUGUGGUUGUCUUUGAUGCGCGUGUGGUUGGCUUAAAGUCCAAGUCUUGGACUCCAAGAGCACCACUUUGUGAGCUUGUUGUAGCUGGAUCAUUGUCCUUCUCAAUUGCUGUCCUCUCCUUUGUGAUAGACUGAUAGUUGCCUUGCCAUUUGCCUUUUUGUUUUCGGGCUGUCCUUUGCCUGUGUUUUGUAUGGUAAAACAAUUUAGAAUUUUAUCAUUUAGUAUUUGAUUGGGGAAAUUUUUAUAGUUUGAUGGGUCAUAAAAGUAUUUGAAUUUUUAUUUCAAAUCUAUACGUGUUUCGAUGGAGUUCUUACUUAAAAGUAUUUGAAUUUUUAUUUCAAGUUUUUACUUUUGUUACCGCCAUAGCUGAUGACAUACCCCUACAGGUUUGAAGAGCAUGAAGCCCCGGGUUCAAGAUCAUUUUUUACUGAGAUCAUUGCUUCAAUUUCAGAUAUUAAAUUUGGGAAGGAUGGGAGACACAUUCUGAGCCGUGAUUACAUGACUCUUAAGAGAACCUUGAAUUUGUUCAAUAAAUGGCACAGACGAAUUCUGACGAGAAAGCAAGCGCUGCUGCUAAAGCUGUUGUUGGUGCUGCUGUUGCUGCUGCUGUUGCUAAAGUUGCUGAAGUUGCUGAAGCUGCUGCUGCCGAAGCAGUUGUUGUUGCUGCUGCUGCUGCUGAAGCUGUGAUUUUGGUUGAUUUUGGUUGAUUCUGUAAUAUGUUUAUACUGUUUCCUUGCGUUGUGAUUAUUGUCAGUCGCAGCAUUGUCAAUUUGGGGGCUAAGAUUUACUUUCUCGUAAAAUCCCUCUCUUUUGAUCUUU